GUCGUCUGUAAUGUUAGUAGUGUGUAGUGCAGUGUAAGGUCUUGAAAAGAUCAGACCUUACUCUUUCUGCAGAUUUAACUCCCUUUAACAAUGUGGCUUUAUAAUUUUUUGCUGGGGUUUGACCUGAAAGGGCUUUUCCUGUUUAUUUGUAUUUCUAUCCUAAUAGCAGACUUCCUAAAAUUCAGGAAUCCUCCAAAUUAUCCUCCAGGACCUCUGCCCCUUCCCCUUGUGGGAAAUGUCUUCAGUGUAGACAGGAAACAUCCACAAAUUUAUUUUACUAAGCUGGCUGACAUCUAUGGGAAUGUGUUCAGUGUCCGCCUUGGUGGUGAGAAGAUGGUGUUUGUGUCUGGGUACAAGAUGGUGAAGGAAGCCAUAGUGACACAAGCUGAGAAUUUUGUGGAUCGACCAUACAGUGCAAUAGCUGACAGGUUAUACUCAGGAGACUCAGGUGGUCUGUUCUCAAGCAGUGGUGAAACAUGGAAGAGACAGCGACGCUUUGCCUUGUCUACCUUACGUAGCUUUGGCCUGGGCAAAGUUACCAUGGAGCAGAGUAUCUGUGAGGAAAUACGACAUCUGCAGGAGGAGAUAGAGAAGGACAAAGGUGAACCUUUCAAUCCAGCAGGCUUCUUCAACAAUGCUGUGUCCAACAUCAUUUGCCAGCUGGUGUUCGGGAAACGGUUUGACUACAACGACCACAACUUCCAGACCAUGCUGAAGUAUAUGUCUGAAGCUGUUAGGCUGGAGGGCUCUGUAUGGGGUACGCUGUAUGAGUCAUUCCCUGGAGUGAUGAAGCACUUACCAGGUCCUCACAACAAAAUAUUCAGCUACAACUACGCCAUUCUAGAUUGGAUCAGUCAGGAGAUAAAAAGUCAUAAGAAGGACCUGGACCACAGCGAUCCCAGAGACUACAUUGAUGCUUUCAUCAUUGAAAUGGAGAAUCACAAAGAGACUGAUCUGGGCUUCACUGAGACCAAUCUGGCCAUGUGCACUCUGGAUCUAUUCGUGGCGGGAUCAGAGACAACGUUCACUACUUUGCUGUGGGCUUUGGUUUUCCUCAUCAAAAACCCUGAUAUUCAGAACAAAGUCCAGGCAGAGAUAGACAGAGUGAUCGGACAGACCCGACUGCCCAGUAUGGCAGACAGAUCUAACCUGCCCUACACUGACGCUGUCAUCCACGAGAUCCAGAGAAUGGGAAACAUUGUUCCUCUCAAUGGACUUAGAAUGGCUGCCAAGGACACAACACUGGGUGGUUACAUCAUACCCAAGGGUACGUCCUUGUUGCCCAACUUGACCUCUGUGCUGUUUGACAAGACUGAAUGGGAGACACCAGACACCUUCAACCCUGGACACUUCCUAGAUGCUGAGGGAAAGUUUGUGAAAAGAGAUGCUUUCCUGCCUUUCUCUGCAGGGAAACGUGUGUGUCUCGGAGAAGGCCUCGCCAAAAUGGAGCUGUUCCUGUUUUUGGUCGGUUUACUACAGAAGUUCUCUUUCUCUGUUCCUGAUGGAGUAGAGUUAAGUACAGAAGGAGUUACUGGAGUUACACGUGUACCGCACCCCUUCAAAGUUUACGCCAAGGCUCGCUGAAUUAUACCAUAUCUCACUGAAUCAUUUUUCAUCUACACAACGUGUAACAAACUGUAGAAUGUAAAAAUAAUGGAUGGAGCUUCCAAGUCUGAAAAAUGAAGCUAAUGCAGAAUUGCCUUAAACCUUCAUUCUAUUUAAGUUCCAGCGGGGGGGAGGAGGGGCAGCACUGGUUGCAAAAAGAAGCCGGCUUGUAUAGAGAAGUCUUUUUCAAUAAAGCAUGAUGUUAAUUUAGUAAAUUAUUGUCCCAUUUAUUUUUAAGAAAAGACGAUAAAGAAGGUCAUGUGUAGGGUGGCUAAACGCCACCUGUCAAUCAUAAUAGAGGCUUUUUGUACAUUAAAAAAGCCAAACUUGUGUUUUUACUUCUUGGAACAUUUUGGUCGCCUAAAAAUGUCUUGUUCAGUGUUCGGUAGCACCUUGCCAACUGAGCCUAACUAGCUAGCGCUAGCAUUAGCUUCUAACUUAAGGGAACGUUUGCCAUGUUUUUGUUAAACUAGCUAUACAUGCAGAUGAACGGCGCCAGUACCUGGAGGUCAAUUUUCCCUCUUUAAUGUUUAGCUUAUUGCAGCAACAUUGCAACCAUAGGCGACACCGUCUUAUAGUGCGUUCCAUGUGUACUCGGAACUCAGAUUUUCAGAGGUCAAAGUUGGAGACACGCCCACUGACCUCUGAUUU